AUGGCGUUAAACCGAUCUCCUCCACCCACCUCUCCCACCCGGCAAUCAAUACCGUUACAGAACCUUUCGCGACCACCGGAGCACGACCAGAAUGUCAGUCAUGUCGCAGGCCAUCGCAGAACAGCAAGUUGGAGAGCCAGAGAGUUGCUUGCAAGGCGGUCCAGGUUUCACGGCACGGUCAAUAUUGGUUAUGAGCCAGUUGGAGAAUCUCACCCCAUGUACACUGACUCUGCCGCGCCUCCACAUGUUACCACCCCAAGGAAUGCAUACCAAACCCCGUACGAGUAUCAUGAUGGAGAGGUAUCACCCGUCAAUGCGGCUGAUUUUGCCUCGGCCAUGGGCGGAAUGGGUGACAUGGGAUUGAGUUUCGAACCUGCCUAUGAACCAGUUGUUGAGCCUCCAGGCCCUUCGAGACCGACUGCACCAAGACGUCGAAGCACUAUCCCCAGUACGCUGAAUGUCAUUACGGAAAAUUAUGACCCCGCAGGCGCUACUUCACUCGGUCCGCACGCUUUUCACGAGUCCGAGCCUGAACACGAUGUUUUCCUAUCGCCACCAGACAGUGAUCGAACACCGCUGACAGAUUCAAGAUAUCUCGCGCCCAUUAGCGGCGCCCAAACGGAUGGCACAUCUGCGCCAAGGAAUAGUAGACUUGGAUCCAGGUUAGGGGAUGAUUUACAGAACUCCGAACGUGGGUUGCGGACCCGUCCAACGUCAACUCUCAAUACUAUGGGGGUCUCACCUCUCUCAAGAGCUGGGACAAUCAUGAGAAAAGUAUCUCAACGAGUGGUCAAUCUAAGUAAUGAACCUGAUCCCAUAGAACAUAGCAUGCGACCAGACCGUCAAGAACGUGAAGAAGCGGACGAUGAUAGCAAGGAGUCCAGGAUGCAAGCCCCGCCAGUAUUACCGUAUAUGCCAGCUCAUGCCCACGACGAAACCUCGACUCAGUCUUUUGAGAUGGAAAAGCUCCGCCACCUUGCCUCUACGCAGCCAGUUGGCAACCAAUGGUUACCUGCGCCCAACCCUUUAAAGGGCAAGAGCUUAGGAAUAUUUGGUCCAGAAAACCGGCUGCGGCUUAAAUUAUGCGACAUGCUCGUACACCCUGCGACUGAACCUUUGAUAUUGAUUCUCAUCGUCAUUCAAACCAUCCUACUAGCCGUCGACGCUGCGCCUAGCAUCGAACAAGAUAGCAGACGCAAAAGCUGGGACCGGUCAUGGAUCGAUUUUGCUCUGAUCGGUCUCUUUGUAAUCUACACAGUUGAGAUCAUAGCUCGAGUGAUUGUGUCCGGUUUCGUGAAGAAUCCUUAUGAAUAUAGCACGGUCAGCUUUGCGCAGGGUAGGAAGGCUGGGCUCAGUGAGCGCGUGAAGACCUUCUUUGGACCUCAAAGACAGAAUUCGUCUAGGAACCCUACCAACAGAUCUGAGCCAGGGCCCUCAAUAUUUCGCCAAUUCACAAACGUUCAAACCCCAUUUGAUCAGCCAGGCCAUUCAGGGCAAGCACAACGAAUUCGACUGGCACGACGUGCAUUCCUUCGCCAUGGCUUCAAUCGUUUAGACUUUGUCGCAGUCAUCUCUUUUUGGAUUGCCAUAGUCCUCUCUCCGCUCGCCACAAGUGUCGAAGUCGAGAAGCAUAUGUACAUCUUUCGUAUGCUAAGCUGUCUCCGAAUAUUGAGACUGCUUGGCCUCACCAGCGGUACGUCGGUUAUCCUACGGAGUCUCAAGAAAGCUGCGCCUCUCCUGGUCAACGUAGCUUUCUUGAUUGGAUUUUUCUGGCUUCUUUUCGCUGUCGUGGGCGUUCAAGCAUUCAAGUCCUCCUUUAGAAGAUCGUGCGUAUGGUUUGAUGAUAUUGAUGACGCAAAAAACAAGAAUGGGACAAAUCUCGCCCCGGGGUCCUUUUAUCGUCACAACGCCACCCCUGACGUAUUCCAAUUCUGUGGUGGUCAUAUUGCGAAUGACACUCUCCAGAAGAUGCCUUGGGUAAAAGCAAAUCUACAAGAAAAUGGGACCACAAAGCACAAGGGGUUCCUUUGCCCAGCUGGCUCAAUGUGUGUUGAAGGCCGAGGUCCAUACAACGGGACUGUGGGCUUCGACAAUGUCCUCCAAUCGCUACAAAUGGUGUUCGUCAUAAUGAGUGCCAACACGUUCUCAGACAUAAUGUACUAUACGACGGACAGCGAUUUCCUCGCCGCAGCACUCUUCUUUGCUAUUGGUAUAGUCAUCAUGAGCUUUUGGAUGAUAAAUUUGCUUGUUGCGGUCAUUACUUCCUCGUUUCAAGUCAUUCGUGAGGAGAGCAAAACUAGCGCGUUUACUGCAGACGACGAGCAGUACCAUUUCAUCGAGGACGAGCCUCAAGUCGUUCGAUCGGGCUAUCUGAAGAGACUCUUUGAUAAAACGCAUUGGCUCUGGAUUACCAUCAUCCUCUUCGAUCUUCUCGUCAUGUGCCUGAGAAGUUCAAACAUGGGUCCCGACCGUAAGGCUUUCAUCAACAAUACGGAAACGGUGGUGACAUGCGCGUUGCUCGUUGAGAUCGUGCUUAGAUUCCUCAGUGACUGGAGAAAUUUUCACAAGUCGCGGUACAACUGGGUCGAUCUUGGCCUUGCGGUCAUAACUGGAGUCAUCCAGAUUCCACCAAUCCACAACUCGGGCCAGCCCUACGCAUGGCUGAGUAUCUUCCAGAUCCUCCGUAUCUACCGUGUCGUCUUAGCUAUCUCAAUAACUCGUGACCUCAUCAGAAAGGUGUUGGGCAACGUCGCCGGUCUCGUCAACCUCAUUGUCUUUGUGUUUCUCGUCACUUUUUUGACAGCUAUCUUUGCUGUUCAAAUCUUCCGUGGGGAGUUCCCCAGUCAGGAUUCGAAUAAUCAAGCCAUUCAUGUCACGUUUUCCGACAUUUACAAUUCUUUCAUCGGCAUGUAUCAGAUCCUCUCGAGUGAGAAUUGGACCCUCUUAAUGUAUAAUGCAACGCAGUAUCAGUUUCAAUGGAGUACGUCUUGGAUCGGCGCCACUUUCAUCAUCCUAUGGUUCAUCCUCGCUAAUUUCAUUGUGCUCAACAUGUUUAUUGCGGUCAUCCAGGAGAAUUUUGAUGUUUCCGAAGAUGAGAAGCGUCUACAGCAAGUUAAAGCAUUCCUCCAGCAGAAGGAGCUUGGCGGUUCAUCACAUGGGAAUCUCUCGCUCGCAACCAUCCUUAAGCUUGGAAGAAACAAAGCAGGCCACAGAGAUCCCAUAGAUUACGGCCCUGCGACAAUGGAAAUGCUAUUACAUGAUGACCUAUAUCGAGAUUGGCUUGAUGAGGCUAUGGAUGAUGACCUCCAGGACGACGACGAUACUGUCGUUGACAGACCCUCGGGACCUUUGAAGCCUGGUUUGAUAACGCAAUGGUGGAACAGGAUCAUCAGCAUCCUAGGCAAUGGUGAAGCCAAUCCGUUCUAUUCUCGGGUGCAGUUUUCUCGGCACAGAGAGGAGGUGAACAUCCGUACGCAAGCUCAGCAAGUCGUAACUCUAACAGAGAGGCGAAGAAAGCAACAGCGGCAGUACCUGCAAAGACACCCACGAUACAACGUAUCGCUCUUCCUCUUCCCAACCAACAGUCCCAUUCGAAGAUAUUGCCAAUGCAUCGUAGGUCCAGGCCGCGGAGGUGAGCGCAUCGAAGGCUCAGAACCUUACAAGCCUGUAUGGUACGGUUUCUCUGCUUUCAUAUAUGCUGCAAUAGUGGCCAUGGUCAUCUUAGCUUGUAUAUCCACGCCUCUCUAUCAGAAGGAAUAUUUUGAUAAGCGUGGUGGGUUCAAUGCUCGCAAUUGGUUUGUGUGGACCGAUAUGGGCUUUGCUGUGAUCUUCUCAAUGGAAGCGCUGAUCAAAGUAAUCGCUGACGGCUUUUUCUGGACGCCCAAUGCAUAUUUCAGAGGAUCAUGGGGCUUCAUCGAUGGCCUCGUUCUCGUCACUCUCUGGAUCAAUGUCAUCACAUCACUUUACAAGGAUGGAGCUGUAUCACGAGCUGUUGGCGCUUUCAAGGCACUCAGAGCCUUGCGGCUUCUUAAUGUUAGUGACAGUGCGCGAGACACAUUUCACUCUGUCAUCGUGCUUGGUGGAUGGAAAGUGAUCUCGGCAGCCUUUGUCUCACUCAGUCUGUUGUUCCCAUUCGCCAUCUACGGGCUCAAUCUCUUCAAUGGAAAGAUGCUCGAUUGUAAUGAUAACAGCAUCGAGUAUCUAUCUGAUUGUGUGGGCGAGUUCAACAGCACGCCAUUCAUGUGGAACGUUCUUGCUCCCCGGCAGACAGCCAAUGACUACUACAGCUUUGAUAAUUUCGGUAGCUCUCUGAGCAUUCUUUUCCAGAUUGUGUCGCAAGAAGGCUGGACGGACGUAAUGUGGAGGGCUAUGUCUAUCACAGGGCCAGAUACUUCGCAGGGGAGUUAUCAAUCCCAGGGCAACGCGAUAUUCUUCAUUAUCUUCAACCUCCUCGGAGCGGUUUUCGUGCUGACACUUUUCGUAUCCGUCUUCAUGCGAAACUACACGGAACAGACCGGUGUGGCUUUCCUUACUGCAGACCAGCGUUCCUGGUUAGAAUUGCGAAAGCUACUGAAGCAAAUUUCACCCUCCAAGAGACCCUCCAAAAAGUCUGAACAAGGAUGGCGGGGAUGGUGCUAUAGAAUUGCAGUGAAGAAACGUGGAAGGUGGCAACGACUUUUGACCUUCAUUCUCCUUCUACACCUAAUAUUGCUGGUGUUAGAAUGGUACGGAGAACCUCCCGCCUGGCAACGUGCACGAGACUACAUAUUCCUUGGCUUUACCGUCUUCUAUAUCGCUAAUGUUGUCGUACGAAUCGUGGGUCUCACGUGGAAACGGUUUCGCAAUAGCUCUUGGGAUCUCUAUUCCAUCUUUGCCGUAACGGGAACGGUCAUUACCACCCUGCUUACUCUUUCUCGAUACAGCAACAAUACGUACAGUAUGCUGCACAAAUUCUUCCUUGUGUCCAUAGCUCUCCUGCUGAUUCCUCGAAAUAAUCAACUGGAUCAACUUUUCAAGACUGCGGCAGCAUCCCUCAGUGCAAUUGGAAAUCUCCUAGCAACCUGGUUUGUGCUAUUCCUGGCCUACGCGAUUGCUCUUACCCAAACGCUGGGUCUUACGAGAUUCGGUGUUAAUGAGGACGGUAACCUGAACUUUCGCAAUGUGCCGAAAGCGCUGAUCUUGCUUUUCAGGAUGAGCUGUGGGGAAUCAUGGAAUGCAAUAAUGGAAGACUAUGCGACAAUCACACCCCCUUAUUGCAACGAUCGCUCCGCUUUCUUUGAGAGUGAUUGUGGAAGCGCUGCUUGGGCGAGGACACUUUUCAUUUCCUGGAAUAUAUUGAGCAUGUAUAUCUUUGUAAGCUUGUUCGUGUCUCUAAUCUUCGAAAGUUUCUCGUAUGUCUACCAGAAAAGCAGCGGACUUUCCGUGGUGAGCAGAAAGGAGAUCAGGAAGUUCAAGCAGGCUUGGGCGACUUUUGAUCCUGAGGGCACGGGCUUCAUUCCUAGGGAAACUUUUCCUCGCCUACUGGGAGAGCUCUCCGGCGUCUUCGAGAUGCGCAUCUACGCAGGCGGAGAUCAUUCGCACGCCUCCCCAGGAGCAAGAUUUGGAGUCGACCUGGCGGAGCUGAACCGCCAAUUGCGUAUGAUCGAUGUCGACGACAUUCGGCGGCGGCGACGACGCAUGGAAACGUUCUUUCAAGAAAUCUUGGUAUCGUCUGACCAAGCGCGUGGGGUCAACUUCACAUCAUGCUUGAUGAUUCUGGCACACUACAACGUUAUCGAUGACAAAAAGGCCUUGAGACUGGAAGAAUACCUCCGGCGGCGAGCUCGCAUGCAGCGUGUCGACGAAGAGGUCGAUCGUCGUAUCAUUAUGUCGUUCUUCGAUAUGAUGUUCUGGUUCCGCCAAUUUCGGUCUCGACAUGACUUCCGUCAUUCAGCUCGUAUGGUCAACGUGCCGCAGUUUGCCGUGCCAGAAAUUUUUGUCGACGAUCAAGAUGCGCUCGCGUCCCCGCAAGGUACUGUUGCAGGACCGUUCAGUGAUGCACCCGCCGUCCCGCCGAAAGACGGCGGGUUUCCGGGUCGCCCAUCGCUUGAUACCAGCGGUAUUCGCCACCGAAACGCAUCCCCAACACGAUCGCCUUCAGCAUCAGACCGUAGUCCGUCCAUCAGCCCUCGUCUCAGCUCGAGCGCAGGUCUUUCACCCAGCGGGCGUUCGCCCACUUUGACACCCCAUCACUCGCCCUCACCUUCCGCUGAGAGCGCUUUCAACUGGAAUCUCUCAUCGUCUCCGGACGCAGGACCUGCCGGAUCAGCCUUCGAUGGGCCUUCCGAAAGACUCUCACCCGCAGGAGGAAGAAGCCGAGCGCACAGCGCGGUGGACCGAGAAAAUGUACUUCAAGUCUUCGACAACAGCGCAUGGGGACCAUUUGCAAUUAAGAAUGGAGGCUUUGGUGUUUUGCGGGGGUUCCCUCAGCCUCCAAGAAUCCCGAAUCCCGCGCCAAAGGGCAUUCAGGUACGUACCUCGCCAUCGCUAGGGUACUACUAG